CAGUUGCAGCCUGGGCUGUGGGUUGGAUCCGAGGGGCCAAAGGCACAAGCUGUGAGUGGAGUCAGGAGUUGCUGGGGAACAAGAUGCUGCCGUGCCCCACGGGCCCUCGCCUCCUGCCUCUCCUGCCUCUCCUGGCCCUGGCAGGGGCUGUGAACCUCACGGGGCUCUGCGAAUCAGAGAUGAACGCGGUCAAGGACCUGCUGCAGGUGAGCUGCGAGGGGAAGGGGCUCUCCAGUGUCCCACAAGGGCUGCCCCCGGACACUGGCCUCUUGCUGCUGGCCUCCAACUGCCUGGCCCGCGUCUCCAUGGCCUCCUUCCAGCACCUGAAGAACCUGACGGAGCUGGACCUGUCUAACAACAGCCUGGUGGCCCUGCAGACCGGCGCCCCCCUGCCCUGCCUCCAGCAGCUGGCUCUCUCCCACAACGCCCUGGAGCGCCUGCCCGCCCUGGAGGGCCUGCCUGGGCUCGUCCGCCUGGCCCUGGGCCACAACGCCCUCUCCCAGCUGCCCGAGGGGGCCUUCCGGGGCCUGGCCACGCUGCAGGAGCUGGAGCUCCAGGGGAACCGGCUCCGGAGGCUGCCCCCAGGAGCCUUCCAGGGCCUGGCCAAGCUCAAGGACCUGGACCUGUCGGACAACCUGCUGGAGGAGCUGCCGGGGAAGCUGCUGGCGGGGCUGGCGGGGCUGGAGAUCCUGCGGCUGGAACGGAACCAGCUCCGAGCCCUGCCGAGGGGCUUCUUCCCGAGGGAUCUGAUCCUGAUCUACGCCUACCUGGAAGGGAACCCCUGGCUCUGCGACUGCCAGCUGGAGUACUUGCGGGACUGGAUCGUGGAGAACGAGCUCAGCAUCUACACGCGCCAGCCGGGCGAAACGAAGGAGAUCACGGAGAACGACCCCGAGAGUGUGCGGUGCCAGGCGCCCCCCAAGGAAAAGGGGGGCCCCGUCAUGCUCUUCCAG